AAGUUCAAAAUAAAACUUAAAAUUAAAUUUUCACUCUUUAAAUUUCGUCAAGAAUUCAUGGAUAGAAUGUAUUUAAAAUUUCAAUUACAAUGAAAUGCAGUAGAUUGAACAUUCAUCUAGCUUAGAUUAAUAAGCAAAGUGAAAAAACUAUAAUCGUUAUUAAGAAAAUUGGAUCAGAAAAAAAUUCGUGGUCGUGAAAAGAGUGAUUAAUAAGGGGGGCGAAAAAUAAAAAAAUGAAAUGGGCUUAGUACUGAUAAGACAAAGAAUUUGCUAUCGCAAACCAACUUUAGCCAGCAACUAACUCCAUACCAUCACUCAUAAAGCAAAUGAUGAUUCAGUCAGUUGGCUAUCGAAUUGUUAAAGUAAUAAGGCCACGAAAUGAGGCAAAAUUAUGAAUGAUGAUCAACGCAGAAGGAAAUAAAAAGUGAAUUCAAAAACGCAUGAGAAAACUCGGGAGAGUGUUAAAUAAGUUAAAUGAAUAAAAGAAUAAUUGUGAAUUGAAUCACAUCAAAUUACAAAUCAUAAAGUUCAAUUGUUUUAAAUUUUUAUAAAGUUGUUUAAGUUUUUGUUCGACUUCAAUAAUUUUUUUUGUUGUUGUUACCAAUCUUUAACAAAUAAUUUUUUUGCCGUGUGUUUUAAAAAACUUGGUGAUCAUCCAAAAAAACCAAGAAGAAGUCAGAAGUCGUAAAUUGUAUAAGCAAUUAAAUGCAAUAAAUAUAGCUAAUUUGAAAUAAGUUUGAGAUAAAACAAAAAUCAACCUGUUAUCAAUGUCGAUAAAUAACACUGACAAUCGAAAUUCAACGAAAGUGUCAAAGUCGAGCAAUUAUCUAUCGGGAGAGGAAAAUGAGUUAGUCUUUCGACUUGUUGGGCGUCGUUGCGUUAGUCAGUGCACAACAGUUGCACAACUUUAUCAAACGGAAACACCAACGCAUUCACGAUGGAUCAAGAAAUUUACAGGCGCAUUAUGUUUUAUAAAGGACAACGUGAAACGAUCUUACUACUGUCGUAUGUUUUGUCUAAUGCGCCAUGAAAUGGUGUGGGAACAAGAGAUGUAUGACACAAUCGACAUAAGCCAUACUCGACCCUACUUACUCACUUUUGAAGGCCAGGACGGUAUAGUGGCAUUAAAUUUCGCAUUUGAAGAAGAAGCUGAAACAUUUUUGCAUUGUGCGAAAACGACCGUCGCAAGUCGGAAUCGUCGGCGUGAAGAACGUCGAAAUCGCAUAAGGAAAGAUCCUCCAGCACGGCCACCUCCAAUAACAAAUAAUGUAAAUAACAGCAAUAAAACAAGUGAUGAUCCUUCAGUGACAUUAAGGAAUCCAGUAGGAAUAACAAAACUUGCGCCACCGCAAACUCACGUUCCAUAUCAACAGCAACCCCAACCUUACUUAAACAACUCCAGAAAUAAAAGACGUGAUGGUCGUCCUAAACUUACAAAGGCAGACAUUGGGACGCCAUCCAACUUUAAACAUGUUACACAUGUUGGCUGGAAUGCGAAAAGUGGAUUUGAUCUAUCAGGUGAAGAUGAAGCAUUGCGUCCAUUUUUACAAAAAGCUGGAGUAUCGGAGAAUCAAUUGAAAGAUCGACGUACAAGAGAUUUCAUUUAUGAUUUCAUUCAAUCGAACAAUGUUGAAGAAAUUGUAAGGAAAGAAACAAAAACGAAACCAGCAGCACCUCCAGUGCCAACACGCAAUCAGAAUCAGAAUGGUGGCGAAAAGCCAAUUCAUCGAGUCGCACCUCCACCGCCUCCACCUCCAAAAGAUUUUACAGAGAGAGAACGACCUUCUAGGGAGAGACAACCGGCACCUCCUUUACCCAACACGACACCCCCAGUAAGAAGUCAGCCAAGUCGUCCACCACCAGUUCAACAACAGUCAAAUGCAAAUAUUCCGCCACCUCCGCCUCCUCCAAUGAUGCCUCCGCCACCUCCUGCUCCAAUCAUGAACACAGAACCAACGGGACCAAAAUUGCCAGUCAUUCCAGACACUCGCAGUGCUCUAAUGGAUAGCAUUAGAAAAGGAGCUCAACUUAAGAAAGUAGAAGUUUCAUCAACAGCAUCAAAUAGUAGUGGUGAUUCAAGAAAUGAUUUAUUGUCAGAAAUUCGAAGUGGUGUUGAACUUCGUCCGGUUAGUGAUCGUCCUACAGCUAAUCGAUCAAGUGGUGAUGGUGCUGGAACGGAUGCACUUGCAGAUGCUCUGAGAAGAGCACUCGAGUUGAGAAAAGCAGCUAUUAAUGGUGGUUCAUCGUCAUCUGAAUCUGAUAAUCAAAAUUCAGAUGAUGGUGAAUGGUCUGACUAAGAAGUUACUUGUUUUGAGGAUUGUGCACAAGUGAUCAAUUAAUUAAUUUUUAAUCAUUUGACUAAAUUUUUAAAUUUCAUUCAAUCAAAAAAAAUAUAUAAGAAUCAUAAUAGUCACAAAAUAACCGAUCAAUAUAGUGAAAAGUAAAUAAUUUUAGUCGAUUUUGUUCUUUUAACCCAAAAGAGAUGAAACUUAAAGUUUUUUUAAUUUUUUUAUAAACUACUUAUGUUGCAUGGUGCGGGAAAAAUUAUUAUUAUUAUUAUUAUUAUCAUUAAAUAUUUAAUUAUGAUUCUUA